AACCCCUAUCCUUUCUCCUCCCCUCAUUCCGCAUGUCAGCUCGUAGGCCACUUCCGUUUCCCACAUCGCCAGCUUUCAAACCGUGACUCUCCGAGAUGUUCGGCAUGCGACAGCGCCAUCCGUCCUUGGAACCAAUCGCAGGCAAAGGAAUGUGACACGACAGACCUGCAGCCGGCGUGGCAUAUAACAGAGUUUCUACCAAGUAGCCUCGUUGCCUUCACUAUCGCUCUCAUCGCCCGAUCUGUGUUGAUCAGACCAUUCAACAAUGCUCUCACCUAACACUGCGCAGCCUGGACGAUCGGUCUGGAACCAGGUAGGUCGCGAGAUAUUUGAGAAUCGCUUGGACAGCUUGCAUGUCACCAAAUUUGUCCCGGAGCCACACACUCUUCAGGAACAAGACUGGCCAAAACCACAUGGAACGGAGAUCCUUCCAUUUGACAUUGAGAAGCAGUUGUCCGAUGAUAUCGCCUUUGUCUCUGCGUACGAGUAUGGCGUCCGAUACGUGACGGCUGCCGCGAUCGAGGCUAGCGAGGGAGAGGGACUCCUCGUUCGCCUCGCUGCGAACGAGGGUGUUGGCGCUUUAGUUGUGAAUGCAUGGACACGCCUGUUCUCCACUCUGGAGAGAUGUGCGAAAAAAGCGCUCUCCCGAGAACAGUGUGCGGAAGACGCGCUCGAUGUCGUCCUAAACUUAAACAGAAACAAGAUUCUUGGGCGACUAGCGUCACGCCAUUUCCGACGACCGCAGCAUGAGAAUGGCCCGGCUCGAAACGCUCUCUCGGAACGCCUCAAUGCGUAUUUCAAGUCAUCAAAGCGUCAAUCCGCGGAGACCGAAGAACUACGCCGCCAGAUAGAGACUUUCCACGCCGCUUUCCUGGAUGUAGAGAAUUCUGGACCUGACACCGGAACAUUAAGGCGUGUUGUGCAAGAAGCUUUUCUACUUACCGUGGAUGGGAUCUCGCUUCCUGCUCGCCUCGAAAGGGCCAGGUUUGCGGCCUCGACCUUGGACACGAGAGAAAUCCGUGAAAUCAAUAAGAUAGCCAAUUAUUGGCGCAUCUGCCACCAUCUGGCCCAUCUCUCGCGGUCAUAUCGCACUCUGUUUUCCAAAAUCAAGCUGCAGACCAUCGAGCCGUUCGCGCCGUCAGUCUGGCACGGGAACAGCAAGACAAGAUACGUCCAUGCAGAGGUGCAGAUGCUAGUCUACUACGAGAUAAGAGGACCACCAAUCUGGCCCCGCGUAAUCGGAGCGUCUAAAGAAGCGUGCUUCCUUUGCAACUCGUUUAUCAAGGCACACGGACUUUUCUGCGUAUCGAAAGCACACCGUCAGAUAUACUCCCAGUGGACGAUACCAGAUCUUGCGGAUUAUAGCGCAGAAGCGCUGGACCGGCUGCGGAGAGCUUUAGUUGCAGUCAAUCGGGAUGUUGUUAGCGCUCUCCAGCAAGCCAGACGCAAUCGCAAUUUUCGCCCAUUCCCACUUCAGAGCUCCAUUAACCUA